UCCUCCUGGAUUUGUGUUAGCCAGGCUGUCGGGCUGGAUCAAUCCAAGCCACGCUCCCCUUUCUCUGCCUGUCGCGAGGAAGCGCCGAUCGGGGCCAGCUAGGGGCUGCCGCGGUCCACUGGCUUCCCUCCUGUCUCCUCGCCCGCCCUCCGCUAAGGGUGCGGGGGGGCCGGGGAGCGGCUCGGGCAGGUGAUGCGCCCCCCCCGCUUGACAGCCGCAUCUGCAGCCGAGGACGACCGCGAGUUGGCGGGGCCGGGGCGAGGCGGCCUCCUGCUGGCGCAGAGUCUCUGUGUGGGAGCAGCCGCAGGAGGCGGCGGCUGGGGGGUUUCUCCGAGCCAUUGAAACCAAGGCUGGAGCCAGUCCUGGCAAUCGGCUCGCGAAGGGAGCAACGCUGCGGGGACGGAUUUUUAAUCUGAAUCAACCCCUCCCUCCCUCCCGGGCCCCACCGCUCCGAUUUCGGUGCAGCCGCCGCGGGCUGCUCGCCCAGCUCCCCCGCUACAGCAGGGACCCCUCCCCAGGUGUCAGGCUUUGCAGCCCGGCUCGGCGGGGGGCAUGGAGAGCAAGCGCUGCUUCGCCAACCGCUUCGGUGACUACGCGGGCAGCCUGCCGGCCGGGCAGCGCCACGAGGCGGUGGUGCCCUGGGUCGCCUCCACCAUCGAGCGCAUCCUGCAGCAGGUGCCGCCGCUGGAGGGCGGCAGGGCGGCGGCGGGGGGCGGCGGGCUGUACGGCGGGCUGGCCGGGGUGGCCUACAUGCUGCACCACGCCGCGCGCUGCCCGCUCCUGGCCCCGGCCCGGGACACCUACCUGCGGGCGGCCCGGCGCCUGGUCGACGCCUGCGUGCGCUACGAGGAGGAGCGGGGCGAGCCGGACGCCGACACGCGGGCCGCCUUCCUGCUCGGCGGGGCCGGGGUCUACGCCGUGGCCGCGCUCGUCUACCAAGCCCUGGGGCUGCCCGACUUCGGCCGGCUGCUGGGCCGGUUCCGGGAGCUGAGCCAGGUCUGCGCCCCCGUCACCUUCCUGGAGUGCGGCUCCGACGAGCUCUUCGUGGGCCGGGCCGGCUACCUGUGCGCCGCCCUGGUGCUCAAGCAGAAGCUGGGCAUGGAGAUGUUGACCCCAGUGCAGAUCAGAUCAAUUUGCCAAGCUAUAUUAGAAUCUGGGAAGCAGUAUGCCAUGAAGAAGAGGAAACCAUGCCCACUCAUGUACUCUUAUUAUGGAACAGAAUACCUUGGUGCAGCCCAUGGCCUUUCAUCCAUCCUUCAGAUGUUGCUGUCCUAUUAUGAAUACCUUCAGCCUGCAGAUCAGGAGCUUGUAUGGCAGAGCAUUGACUUUCUUAUGGACCAAGAACAAAACAGCAACUGGCCGCCUGAACUGGGAGAGACAAUUGAGCGGGAGAAUGAGCUUGUGCACUGGUGUCAUGGAGCUCCAGGUAUCGCAUACCUGUUUGCUAAAGCUUAUCUGAUUUCCAAGAAGCCCCAGUAUCUUGACACUUGUAUCCGCUGUGGGGAACUGACAUGGCAGAAGGGCCUGUUGAAGAAGGGACCUGGAAUUUGCCAUGGAGUGGCUGGUAGUGCCUAUGUGUUCCUACUCCUAUAUAGGCUUACUGGAAACUCUAAAUACAUCUAUAGAGCACAAAGGUUUGCAGAGUUCUUAUUUACAGAAGAAUUUAAGGCUGGUUCCCGGGCAUUAGAAAACAUAUAUAGUCUGUACGAAGGCUUCUCGGGGACUGUGUGUUUCCUGAUUGACUUGCUGCAGCCCAACCAAGCCGAGUUCCCUCUCUUCAGUGUCUUUGUCUAGAGAAGGAUGUUCUCCAGUGCCACACUGGAACAGCCAUGUACAGGGCACCUGUUGUUUCACUUAUCUGUAAAGGGAGGCUAUUUACAAAAUAAGCCACAUUCAGUGAUACCACUAAUGCUAGCCUUAAUUGUGCUGGGGGGUCAGGAAGAAGCCUAAAUAUAUUGGGGUUUGGGGAGGGAAGUAUGUGGUUUAAAAAAAAUAAGUUUAAAAAUAAAAGGGGAGAAUGAAGUGGUUUUUCACAAUUGAAGGGAUAGAAAUUCAGCUGUACUAAGGGAAGUAACGUCUUCUGAUUAUUCAAAUGAGAAUGAAAGAGGCAUUAACAAUCUUUAACGUGAUCGUUAUGCAGAAAAACAAAAUGGAAAUCUGAACAGUAGGGACAUGCAAGGGAAAUAAAAUGAUUAAUCCAAUGGGUUUAAAAAGAGACCCAUAAAAUAGGACAUUACACAGCUAUGCUCUUGUAGGUGAAUCAGACAGGUCACUAAAGAGUGAAAAGGCAAUAUCUGGGAUUUCUUAAUAAACAUUUCCUAGGACUAAUACCACCUUUCCUAGAAGUACCUAUAUGUUGGAAUCCUUUCAUUGUCAUGUGCAUAUAAUAGCAGUUGUACAGCUACAUUCUGUCUUUAAUUGCACAUGUACCACAUUACUAUUGCAAUCAGUGGGGUUUCAUAUAUGUAAAUGACAGCUGAAUCUGACCAUGCAUUUCAAAACGGUGUGUGGUAAUCCCUAUCACCACCUUACGGUGGUAGUAGUACUCCAUCUUUUUAUCAAUAUCUUCUCUUCCAUGAAGUAGAUCAACGGAAGCCAUGUAGAAGACUUGGAUCACUAAAUUCUGUAGCAAAGGUCUUAGAUAGACAAGGUGGGUGAGGUAAUGUUUUUUAUUGGACCAACUUCAAGUCAGACCUGAAGAAGAGCUCUGUGUAAGCUCAAAAGCGUGUCUCUCUCACCAACAGAAGUUGGUCCAAUACAAGAUAUUACCUCAACCACCUCAUCACUCUAACAUCCUGGGGCCAACAUGGCUACAACAAAACUGCAGAUAGGCAGGGUAUAGAAGUCAAGUGCUAGUCUCACAGUAUCAGAUACUAGGUAAUAUUGCUUAUUGCCAGUCAUAGAAGAAACUGCCUUUAGUCCAUUAUUUGAACUGUAGCAUAUAUAUGGAGAUUGAAAAAGUGACUGACAAAAUAAUUUCCUGAUGAAAUGCGGUGAUACACUUUAGAGAUACAAAUUGUAUGCAGACCUUUGAUGGAACCCUGAGUAUUGGGCUUAGGAGAAGGCUGAUAAAAAGUUUAAAACUAAAACCACUUAUUUCUCUGGUUAACCAAGUAAUGUUGCUAAUGUACCACGCAAGGUAUUGUACAUGCCCAAGUGAUUUGUGGCUGUUGAGAUCUAUGGUCAGUCCAGUAACACCGCACUAGCAUAGAUAAGUAGGUAGAUUUGAAACCUAAACAAAAUGCAAAUGUAGAUUUGUUAAAAUACUGUAGCAGCAAAUUCCUGUAUUUACAAUAUAUCAGACUAAUAUAUUUCUUUAUACUGGAAUACAGUAAUACGGUUGAAUUUAAGGGGAGAGUAGGAAGGCUGAUAGGUCAAAAAUUACACCCAAUGGCUUCACGUGAACAAGCUGACACAUGCAUAACCCUAUCCCAGUACCCUGCUGAUCUGCCAUUCCCCUUGUGUUUUUAGCUGGAAAAGAUUCAGCUUUUCUUAGGGCCUGAUCCUUUAAGGAUUCCCAUUGACUUCUAUGGCUUUGGAUCAGGCGAUAGAAUGGAGUCAGACCCUGCAGCCCUUAUAUAUGUUGUUAAUCCUUACUCACUGCCACAAGGCCUUUCACAUGAAUUGAUUUAAUGGGAGGACUUGGAUGAGUAAGGGCUGAAGAAUCAGACCCCUGCUGUAUGGUGGUUUGGUACAGUGUUACGUAGUUAUUUCACCCCAGAAGUAGCUGCAUUUUGAGUAAUGCAUUUCAGUGGUGGAUAAAGCAAUCUAUUUUUUUUUAUCAGUUUGUCAAGCGCGUUGGGAUCCUUGGAGGAAAGGGAAUGUCAGAAUGCACAGCACUGUCAAAAUGCAAAGUGUGUCAUUAGUUGCUUCAUUCUUGUGUGCAGAGGCAAUAUAUCUCACAUGUAUGUGUACCUAUCGUGCUGAAACCUGAAGUCAGUCGGAGAAUAAGGAUAAGUAAUAUGAGUGGGAUUUGUCCCAGGGUGUUCAGAUGUGUGCCCAAGAUUAGAGGUCACCCCAGCAUCCCAGAUCUGUUGCUGGUCAAUCGCCCAUCUGAGAAGUUGGGAUCUUUUCCUAGGUUGCACCCUGUGUUUUGGAUGGCUAACAGAUUUUUCAGAAUUUGGACCUUUUUAAACGUGUUUAGGACAGGUGACAUUUUUGACCUGUCAGUUUUAUCCUUGUAACCUGAUAUUUAGGGCCCUACCCAAUUCACGGUCCAUUUUGGUCAAUGUCAUGGUCAUAGGAUUUUAAAAAUCAUAAAUUUCAUUAUUUCAGCUAUUUAAAUCUGAAAUUCCACUGUGUUGUAAUUGUAGGGUCCUGACCCCAAAAGGAGUUGGGGGGGGUCAUAAGGUUAUUGUAGGGGGGUUGUGGUACUGCUGCCCUUACUUCUGCUCUGCUGCUGGUGGUGGCAGUGCUGCCUUCAGAGCUGGGCAGCUGGAGAGCGGUGGCUGCUGGCCGGGAGCCCAGCUCUGAAGGCAGAGCCGCCACCAGCAGCAGCGCAGAAGUGAGGAUGGCAUGGCAUGGUACUGCCCCCCUUACUGCUGCGCUGCUGCCUGCAGAGCUGGGCCCUCAAUCAGCAGCCAGCACUCUCCAGCCGCCCAGCUCUGAAGGAAGCACAGAAGUAAGGGUGGCAAUACCACAGCCCCACUAAAAUAAACUUGCGAUCCUCCCCCCCCCCCCCAAUGACUCCCUUUUGGGUCGGUAUCCCCAAUUUGAGAAACGCUGGUCUCCCCUCCCCCAACACCCCCCCCCCAAUGGAAAUCUGUAUAAUACAGGGUAAAAGCACACAAAAGACCAGAUUUCAUUGCAGGAGACCAGAUUUCAUGUUCCGUGAUGCGUUUUUCAUUACCUUGAAUUUGGUAGGGCCCUACUGAUGAUAUUUAAUUCUAAACUUAUAUUGUACAAAGUAUUCACGCAGUUAAAAUAUAAAAGUAACAAUAUCCAUGUUGCAGUAUUUAGAAAGCUGCUCUAAUUGCUUUUUAUUCUAUUGUGAAAAAAACAAUCUUGGAAAUAUUUGUUUCUUAAAUUAAAACAGAGAACUGGAUUCUGCCAUCUGGGCUCAGGGCUGUUUUAAUCCUGCAGUUAUUACCUGCAUCCUUAUUUACAGAUGCAGACUGAAAAAACAAUGUUUUUGGUAUAUACAACCUAAGAAGCACAAUGCACCCAAUUCAGUCAAAAGCAAAAGACCUAGAACUUAAAAUCUAUUUAUACAGCAGCACAGUAAUCAUCACAUUUUACUUUUUUCUUCAUUAUCUCUGGCACCACAAAACCUAAUUAUAACCAACUAGCUAUGUCUCAGGAGUUUUCACUGCAGAUGGAGUUCUGUGUCAAAACCCCAAACAAAUCUAGAAUAUGGGAAUAAAUGCAAAAAUUCAGAUCCUAAACAAAAAGUAUGUUGAUAUUGUUACAUACAAGACUCUAAGUUUUCAAAUAGGAACACAGUGACAGUUUCAAAUAUUUGGAAAAAAGUAAAAAUAUUCUAUAAAGGCAAUGGAUUAAAUAACUCUUAUUUUGCUAUUCUAUUAUGUUUAAUUUCCAAUAGGUAUAGUUUUAUUGAUCUUUUUAACUUGUUCCUUAUAAAUGGCAGGAAUAGGAAGUGUUAAGUAUUCAUCAUCUGUUCUCUGAUGACUUUCUGUCUCUAUCCUUUUACAGAGUUCCUUCUUUCUUAUUUACAUUCAGUAAGGAAUCUCUUGUAAUUUACCAUAUAUUCUAAAAGCAACCGAAAACAAGUUUAUAGUCUUUUCUUGUAACCCUUGCUAGUGAAGGUAAUCUUUAGCCAUCUGGGACUAAUUGUGAGAGUAGCAAUUACUUGUGUAAGGGUUGCACUGUGUUUAAUAUUCUGCUAUAAGAAAACAGAUUUAACCACUCUCUGUUUUCAAAAGCCUCAGGCCCAACCUGUUCUCUUGAAGUCAAAAGGAGUUUUGCUGUUGACUUCAGUAUGAGCAGGGUGAGAACUCUCGUUUAUUGCAGCAUUUAUAAAGUACAAAUAAAAAAUAUAUUGCAGUCUCUUGGACCUUAAUUUUUUAUCAUUUUAAUCCUGCAAUACCUUUUAAGAAAACCGCUUUAUGCUGCCUUAACAGUGAAGUCCUCAUGCUGCUGCUUCAAAAAAAAAAAAUACUGGAAAACAAUUCAAUUUUGUUCUUAAUAAAAUGCCUGUGGUGCAGUUGCUUUAAUUUAGACUUGACUCUGCCUCAAGGAUUGAAAAAACUUAGCACAUAUUUUCAAUGUUUCUUUAGUAGAAAAACAAUUCAUGAAUUGGUAGUAAUAAUGUAUAGUUAGAUAUGUAGGGUGGAAUUUCAAAACUGUAUAAAGGAGUUAGACACCUCGUUUCCUCUAGGAGUUGGGUACCUAACUCACUUAGGCACUUCUGAAAAUGCCAGCCAUAAUGUAAAUCUGGAUUUUCAGCUCUUUCUUUCUCUUAACUCACAUCCACUUGUAAAUUCCCCUCAUACUUACCCUGUUGCAAACUUUUUAUUGUAGCUUUUAAAAGGUAGGCAAGUAAACAACUUGUCUGCAGAUGUCAGUGCUUCUGUGAAUGAGAUACCACAAAGUGAUAAGCUUUUCUAUGUUCCAUCCUUACUGCCUUCAGAGACUAAUUGUGUCACCCCCAGGCUGAGACAAAAGGUCUAGCAGAAGUUACCUUUUCCUGCUCCAGAACCAGAAUCUCACAAUUUGAAACCUCAUAAUCCUGUACAGAUUCUGCCAUCCUGCUGUGAUAAUAGUAUAUGUUAGGAGAACCUCACCCACUUACCAAAAGUAGAACACAAAAUGGCAGAAUAUCUUUUACACACUAAAGUAAAAUCUCUUCAUGUGUUUGGUUGCUGAAGUAUAAGCCAUAGGAAUUUAAGAGGUAUAAAAGUGUUUCUGGUUAUGCUUUUUUAAAGCAAAGGGAUUACGCUUUGCCAUACAUUGUGUGUAUUGUUGCUUAUUUAUGGUGUGUGUGUAUCCUGUUGUUGUGUAAAGUGGUAAAACAGAUAUCAGCCUACGGCGCUAUAUACUAUUUAUGAUUGUUGGCAAAUCAUCUGCAAAUUGUUACUGUUGAAUAAUUUAUUUUAUUUGGUGAUAGAACUAGAUCUGAAAUAUUGAGAUUUAGUGAUUUUUAGGAUUCAUAGAGUCAGGUACAAUGUGUAAUUUUCAGCAACAGAAAUGUGAGUUCUAACAGAUACUUAUUGUUUUUUUUCCUAGCACUCAAGCUUUCAGCAUCAGGAAUAUACUUAUUUUAUGCCAUUGUUUUAAAUCUCAGCUUUGUCUACGUGGGUUUUUUUCUUUUCUUUUUCCCCCUCCACCUAUGUUAUGAAUCACUUCAGAAGGCUAGAUUGCAGCCCAACUGCUUUGUUUUUGAAAACAAAGCACACUUCUGUAGGACUGUCUAUUUUAAUGGGAAAGGAGGUUGUCCACAUAUUAGUAUUACGUUACUUUCUCACUCCCUGCUGGCCUCUGCUCAUUGGCUCUGCCACUUCCCUGAUGCUAAAUAUAAUCAUUGGACUGUAUAUUGAUUGUCACUGACUUUUCAAAUCCAUGAAUAUAACAAAAAAUGAAUUUGUAGAUAAUAUUUCCAGUUCUACCGUAACUCAUUUCUACUAAGACAGUCACAAGAAGGUGGGUAAAAUGAACUAAUGUUCUGAAAUAUACACCUAAAUUAUCCUUGGAAAUAUGAACAAAGAUACUGGUUACCCUUAAAGACUUUUCAGUUACCUUUGUAAAUAAGUAAUGUCACUUUCGUAUUACUGAUACUAAAUAUAUAGAAACGCCAUGGAUAACAUGAGAACAUUGAUUAUUUUUAAAGGUCACAUUGUUAAGUUUUAAGUGUGACCACUGUAGGUGUGUGCAAAAUAUAGAGUUGCAGGUGCAAAUGGGAUAAUUCUUCAGGCAAAGACCCAUUUGCACAUGUAGAUACAGGGUUUGCAAACAACAUUGCAUGUUUCAUGCAUGUAGUUAUCUGUUUUGACCCAUGCGUGCAUCACUGAGGGUACAUCUUAGUUGCCCAUUUUUUAAAAUUAGAUCAGAAACGUUUAUGGACAAAACGUCUCUCUGAGAUCUAUAGAGCAGAUCUCAACUCUGAUGGUCAACUCCACCUACCUGUCCUGAACAUCUGUUGACAUAAUAUCAAUGGGUGUUCUCUGAUAUUGUGAUCUUCGUAUAGGAGGAGAUGAGAAUUGCUAUACAGAUUUAAGAGAUGAAUCUUGCUGUCAAGAACCACAUGGAUGAACAACCAUUGGCUAACACCACUGGUUUACAUUGCUGUGAGAAGAAAUUUGAGUCUGUAUUUAAAUGUUCUGGAUUGAGUAGUAAGUAGCAUUAAGGCUAACCUGAAAAGAAAUGAGCAAAUGUCCAAAAAAACACAUUACGAGGGAACAACCUACUGCAAAGCCAUAAGCCAGAAAAACUCAGGGCCCACAAAACAAUACUGCAUUUCUGGGAUGUGAAUAGGCAUUUUCCAAGAAAAUAGCACAGAGUUUGCUUCAUUGCACAAAUAUUGUACAGUAUGUGCUGUACUUAACAGAUUUCUGCUGCCUUGAAUCAAUGCCAAUUAUAGCAAAGUCAUCAUAGGCAUACUCACUGAAAAAAUUCUGUCCAUAUAGGAAUUGUCUGUAAUUGUAUCUACUGCUAUCCAUUCAUAUAGAUUAAUAAAUGGAAUUGUGAAGAAAUGCUCAAUAUGUGUGAGUAUUCCAAAAAAAGGGUUGAAGUACACAAACUUUUUGAACUAAUAAAAUUCCUGCCUAAUUUAUAUCCAAUGGUUAUAGUCAUUACUGGUUCUGUAUUCUCUUUGUAACAUUGCCAGUCAUGAUCUGAGAAAUCAAUACAUCAAUAAGAGACGGAUUUGUCAUAACGGAUGAAAUGCUGUAGUCUCUUACUAACAAAUAUAUAGAGCCCACUGAUGUUUUUCAUGUGAUGAUUCAAAGAGAAAGCUAAGGCAAUUAGGUUCAAAUACAGCAAUACAAAUAAUAUGGCAGAAAACUACUUUUAAUUAAAACAUAUUUUGCAUAGCAAUGUGUUGAUAGUUGUAUAAAAGAUAUUUUAUAAUACAAUGAUAUUCCUAAACAAUGUUGCAUAACAUGUACCAAAAAACAUUUUAUACAGAAAUCCUGGGGUCAAUUGUAUACUAUAUAUAGGGAGAUGGGAAAUCUUAAAUAUUUCUUUUUCAUAUCAGGCAAGAGUACUAUAUGAACUAAAAUUAAGUUGUGAUGUAGUCUUCAUUACCAUUUAAAUAUGUCUGUUAGAGGGAGGGAAAGGUUUGCACUAACAAUGGGCCUGAUUUUUCUACAGUGUUCAACUUUGUGUAGCCAUUUAGGGCCUCAUCCAACUCACUGAAAUCAAUGAUAAAACUCCUGUUGACGUCAGUGGUGCAGGAUAAGGUCAUUACAUCUAUGUGAAGUAGCUGUGAUACUACCAUUCUGGGCCCCAAGCCUGCAAACCCUUAUGCAUGCAUUUUAAGUUUAUUCACAUGAGUUGAACAUUGACAUCAAGACUCACCGAAGUCAAGAACAUUCACGUAAGAACAAUUAAGCACAUGCAUGUUUGCAUGAUCAAGGCCCAGUUUGAUAGCAUUUUACACCUGCUUUGGCCCAAUUUAUAUAAAAACAUAUGUACAUGAGUACCAGCAAGUGUACCAGGGAAAGUAGAUUGCAUUGCUAACAUAGAUAUUAUUUCAUAUUGAGUGAUCGUUUGCUAUAUUCCAUACACUGUAUUCCAUACGCUGAUCAUUUGCUAUAUUCCAGCAUAUGAUACACGGUAUUCAUUUCUAGUAUAAUAAGUGCUGUAUCCUAGCUUCAUUUUUUGUCUGUGACACCCGCACACAGCCAUAGCGUGGUGUAGUUCCUUUAGAACUCAGAUUGAUUUUACCCUUGUAGACGUGCACCUUAUUGGUUUAAAAUGCCCGGAUGUUAUAAUGUUGGAAACACUGUGAUCUUUCAAGAUGUGUUUAUUAUAUUAGUUUUGCAUUGUAAUUGAUACAUACACUAAUAGAAGCUAGAGUUAUAGCAUUUUAAAGCAGUGUUAAUAAUAUUGGCUUAGCAGUGAUAGAGAAAAUCUGUGUAUACCCACAUUGUUAAUAUAAAAGCUAUGAUUAUCUUUUGCCUUACAAUAAAAGCCUCAUCUUAAAUGUUA